AUGACCAGAACUAACAAAUGGACCAUUCACGAAGACAAGGCGGAAUCACACUAUUUCACCCAUAACGGCCAUUUCGGUGCUGCCCCCAACGGAGUCAAGAAACACGGGUCGGGCAAGGGCAACUGGGGCAAGCCAGGCGACGAAAUCCAGGAUCUCAUCGAAACUGGCGAGAUUCCUCCUGUGUUUCGCAAACAGAGACGUGGAUCAAACGUUCAGGACCACGAACGCAAGCUGGGCGAAGUGCAGCAGUUUCACGACUAA